UCAAAUUAAGUAAUUAACAACUAGAGAAAGAAAAAAAAAAAGAAGAAAAAAGAUGAUUUGUUCAAAUCUGACAGUGUUUUUAUGCAUUUUCUGGGCUGCUACACUUUUCUACGGUGAGAAAUUUGCCUUUUGGGUUCCUUCUUAUUGGUCCUGCUCAUGGCCCCCGAUGGAUACAAUCAAUAAUCCUGGUGACUAUGUGAAAAUUGCAGUGAUAACUGAUCCACAGCUCAUGGAUAAAACAUCGCUUCAUUUAGCUCCCAAGUCACUGACAUUGGAAGUUGUACAAUUCUAUACCGAUAUCUUUAUGCGCCGUGCAAUGCUGGCUUCGAUAGUGCCUUUCAAACCUGACAUGGUUUUGUUUUUGGGUGAUUAUUUUGAUGGUGGCCCUUUUCUUUCCGAUGAAGAAUGGCAGGACUCUUUGAAUCGUUUUAGGCAUAUAUUUGACAUAAAGACUCUUGAAAAGAUCACAAAUAAUCAAGUAUAUUUCCUCUCAGGGAACCAUGAUAUCGGUUAUGCAGCACAUCACUCUCGCAAUCCUGAGGUAAUCAGCCGUUAUGAAAAGGAAUUUGGUUCAAGGAAUUAUAACUUCACAGCAGGAGCAGUGGAAUUUAUUGCUGUUGAUGCCCAGACACUGGAUGGUCAUCCACAACAAAACCAGACCUCUUCUUCAUGGAACUUUGUUAAAAGUGUGUCUAGGGAUUCUGCUUCACGUCCGAGGGUCUUAUUAACUCAUAUGCCACUCUAUCGUCCUGACUGGACUUCUUGUGGUUCUAAACGUUCUUCCCCUAUUAUUAAUCAGAGAAUUUCUCGUACUGCUGAUGAUCGGGAAAUUGUGUAUCAAAAUUAUCUUUCACAACAAACAUCAAACAGGUUGCUAGACUCAAUCAAACCUGUACUCGUUUUCUCUGGUCAUGAUCACGAUCAGUGUAAUGUUCCUCAUACAGCCAAACAUGGGACUGUAAUAGAGCAAACUCUAGGGACGAUUAGCUGGCAGCAGGGAAACUUGUAUCCAUCUUUCAUGCUACUAACCGCAAGUAAACUUGCAGUUUCUAAUGCAUCAGAUGCCGUAUCAACUCAUCUGUGUUUCCUUCCAGCACAAACCUUUAUCUACAUAUGGUAUAUUGUGCUAUUUCUGGUCACUCUUCUUGUCAUUCUUCUAUGGCCAACAAAUGGAUUGAACAUUAAUCUACAUGUUGGUGACUUUAUGAGUAAUAUGUUAGGAAUGUUCAGAAAUAGCACCAAAGAGAAAACCGAAGAUGAUAACUGUGAAUAUGAGAUGGUCUGGGAUGCCGAAGGUUCAAUGCAUUUAAUCAAGAAAGCAACAAAGAUAGUUCCGUCAAAAUCAACUGAGAGGAUAGAAAGAGGAAAUGCAACAAUGAGAUCAACAGCCAAAAAACAGAUAAUGCAAGAGAUCAAUGUUACAAUGCCCCAAGAUGUAACAGGUCAACUGGGCCCAGAUACCACUGCAAAGUUGGGACCUUUGAAAACCAACAAGUCAAGUGUUAGAAUGGUCAUCCGGAGGUUGGUACGUGUUUUCCAAGUGAUUUCAGUUGUUGCCGCAGUUAAUGUGCCUAUCUAUAUAAUGCUGCUCUUCAGUGAUUGGAUCGAGAAAUGAUGUCAAAUCAAAGCAAUCCAAAAUUUUGCCCGGACAUAUGGUUUAUAAAGCAAUUUGAAAUCUUCCACGUCAUUAUGUAUUGUAAAAGAGUCGUAGUAGUCUAGUAGAAGCUUUAAUUGGAUAUGAAUAUACCUCAUGUAAUUGUAAACAGUUGACUCUGGUAAUUUAAAGCUGUAGCCAUUCUCAGUAGAGCAA